CUUUUAGCAUAGAACGUAAUGGUUUGUAAAGGUCUAGAUCUCGUUUUCUUGUCUCUGGUAUUGUGGCUAACAUUAGAUUGGUCAAGAGCAAACAUUUUCAGUCCGAAACUGGUUGUAAGUAGUUGUAACAGAAAUACAAUAUCCUUUACAAUAAGUAAUGCUACGGAUGGCGGAAUAGUGUACAUUCUAGGUUCAGGUCCCGGAUGUAACCGUUCCACGCUCUCUGGAUAUAACACGUAUUCAUUUGAUUUCUCAUCUUGCAAUGUUAUAUGGGGGAGAUUGUUCAGGAUUGUUAUCCAGAGGAAAUCUUUGUACCAGACUGGAGACGAUAAAAUUAUACCGAUUACUUGUAUAGCUGAUUUAAGUGACAUUACUGUACAAGCCGGCUCAAAUAUAGUACCUGGUCAAGAUGACACUCCUCAAACCACGACCACUAAACCUGCAGCAUACAUGACACUUCUAAGUAACGGAAAUGAUGUACGAGGUAAAAUGGUUCAACUUACAGAUUCUAUAACUCUCAGUAUAGAGCUUUUUGAUCAGUAUAAAGGUGACUUCGACAUAAAAGCCAGCAUAUGUACCGCAUCUACUAUUACCAUUAUCGAUAGAGGCUGUUCAGCAGACACAGACUUGUUUCCUUCUUUCUCAAAACCAAGAGUAGGCUUCAUUACAAGCACAUUCAGAGCCUUCGUACCAACAGAACAAACCGGAAGUAUAGUAUCCGUACAAUUCUCAUGUACCUUAGACGUCUGUUUAAGAUCCUGUAUCACGACACAUUGCCCGAACAGACCUGGCGGUUAUGGACGAAAAAGGAGAGCACAUGCAAAGCACGCCAACAUUACAUAUGACCAGCUACAUGUAGGCUCAGCACUCAUGAUAUCUAAUGACGAUGGUGUGAAAAUGGAAGGCAACGACACAGAAAAAACAAUAUGUAUGGAGAGAUCCGUCUUUAUUGGGUGUUUGAUAUUUAUGUUUUUUCUGGUUCUCCUGAUAAUCUACUUUGUUGUUAUGACCUGUCGUUGGAGACACAAGGCUACACAGAAAAAAUACCCACAAUCCAUUUCCGGUGAAAAAUUAUAUUCCGAAGAGUGUAGCUCUGUCGAAGAGCUGCAAUCAGACUCUUUUCUUUGGAACAGCAACAGCAGCAACCAUUCCGAUCAGUACAGCUUUGAUGUGGAAGAGAGUUCCGAAAGUUAUACUUCUACAGAAUCAGUAUAUUCUAUGCCGCAAUGUCGAAAGCAUGUUCAGUUUGUUUAAUUGUGAUUAUUACAAAUGAUGUUUACAUAGUAUAAUUUUGCAUAUUUGUAAACUAUUUAUAAUUUAUAGAAAAGUUAAUUCUUCCUCUCUAUACAGAUGUAGUUAUCUCGGGGAAUUUGGAGAUGUGGUUGAUGCAGCAAUCCUAUAGUAUGCUUCGAAGAAAGGCCCAUUUCAAGGAAGGCUACAUAGUGUAGCUCUACCUAUAGCGUUAACGAAAAUAAAUGUGCACGAAUUCUUUAAACGAAUAGCUUUAAAACUUGAUAUGCUUUCUUGAAUUCUGUAAUACGCCCAUAUGUCGCACACGUAUGUGCUGUAAAGCUGUCGUCAUCUGCUUGAUGUCUACAAAUUCUUGAAAAAUGGCCAUAUAAAUCGUCAUAAAAAUUUAUUUUUAAUACUUGUAAUUAUAAAUUGGCUUUUCACCCUUCAUAUAUGAUUGGAACCAAUUUCUUUUGAUUUGAUAUUUUGAUAGAGAAAGUCUCAUUUAGCUAGGAUUCCUGACUUAGAUAAAAGUUGAUUAUGUCAUGUUAUAUUUAAUGGAAUAAAGUACUUAACAUUGCUUAGUUGAUGAGUAUAUGAUAAACAUAUUUAUUUACCUAGUAUAUGUCAAUAUAUUUUGUAAAAAUAAAUAUCUUUUAUUUUGA